CAUCAUGGUGAGUAUCGAUCCUAUAAGUUAACAUGGUGUGAAGAGAAUACGGAAGCAAUCUGUUGUAGCGUGUGUGGAAGUGAUGGAUGGCAUUCCCCUCAGAUACUUGGCUUCUGCUCUCGCUCGCAUCGUCUCGUCACAACAUUCAUCCAUCCGUCAUUGAACCCGCAUCCAUCCAACAUCAACUUCGUCCAUCCAUCCAUCCGAGCCUUGAUUCUGGAUACAUCGAUGGAAUGCGUUUUAUCAUCCAACUUUCGAUUUCCAGCACCGUUUGACGAUGGUUCAGUAGCAGUGGUACAGCCAUCAUCAGCGACACAAGGCCGAAUUUUUCACUAGUGAAACGGACGAUGACAUGAGAGAGCAGAAAUUCAAAUUGCCAAUGCAGUACGGAAGAGGGAAAUGACCAUUCUUGGAAGAAGGAUAAUGGGCACCUGGGAUCCUGUCGUAUAGUUACAAGAGAGACUAAAUGAUGUAUUGCGAUACCUUUUUCUAGGCUAAAAAGGACGUUGCUGCCAAGCCUAGCUCCUCUUCCGGAGGUAAGAAGGCCAAGAAGAAGUGGUCUGCCAAGAAGGUCAAGGACAAGUCCAACAACAUGGUUGUCCUCGACAAGCCUACCUAUGAACGUCUCUUCAAGGAGGUCCCCACCUACAAGCUCAUCUCGCA